AUGACGAACCUUCUCGACCUCCCUCCUGAGUUGAUCAAGCGGAUUUGCGAGGAGCUCUGCUACCACUGCCGAAACCCGAAGCAUUUCGUGAACCACGACGAGGACGAUACCAAAAACGACAAGCGAUCAUUGGCAAAGGUGUGCCUGACAAGCCGAGCUUUACGCAACUUGGUCCAACCGAUCCUCUACCACUACUACGCCACUGGCAACGGGCACUGGGUGCACCACAAUGGAAUCGACGAGUACACCAAUGUGCAGGUACAGAUGGAGCAUGACAGACUUCCGUUGUUCCUACGCACCAUCAUCGAGCGUCCAGACCUAGGCCGAAUGAUUCGGGGCCUUCAGCUAUGCCACAACACAAACAUCCAAACCUUUACUCCUGAGCUCUACGUCCUCUUCCACCGGCAUGCAUCUCAAAUGGGGGGACCAUUCACUUACCAUGACCCUUGCCAAUGUAGCUCUACGCAAGGAUGGAACUGGAACCCCCAGGCAAUGGCGGCGACGAUGGCGACGGGGACGAAGAUAGCAACAGCGACGGGGACGGGGACGGGGACGGGAAUGACGCCAGCAACAGCAAAAACGGCAGCGACGAUGAAAGACGCGGACUAUCGUAUUUGCUCCUACAACCGAGAUAGGCUGCGCCGCUGGAUGAUGAUGAUUGCGAUCGUCAAGACCGCGGCCAGUCUCGAAUCGCUACUCAUAGCUCCCAUGGGACGAGGACGCCAAUUCCCGCUCCUCUCGUCAUUCGCGUCCGAGUUGCUCCUCCCAAGUCUCAAAAGAAUGCUAUUGAAAGGAGACGUACAGUAUGGGUCCAACGCGAAGGAACUACUUGAUCUUCAAACAUUCGCCUCCGGAAUUGAGGAAUUGAACGUCGACUUCGAGGCCCGCAACAGCUUUGCACGUUGGAGUUUGUCCGUCAAUUGGAAACCGAUGAACAAUUUGAGAACGCUCUUCUGCAUCAACUUUAAUCCUGAAGUGCUGAAGGGCUUUCUUUCAAACUGUCCUGCGCUCGAAGAUCUGGAGUGUUACGUUGUGGACAAGUACGGCCUUGAAGACUGGGCUCCCUCAGAAUACAGCGCGGCUUUCAGACAGACCAAGAGAACGCUUCGGAGACUUCGCUUCGCGUGGAUUCCACGUACAGGCGAUGAUGAACUCCAUGACAUUCUCGAGGAUGAUCAGUAUUAUUCUGUACUUCAAGCUAGACACACCCACGGCCCACUUGCGUCAUUCAACGAUUUCACAGUGCUACAAGAUCUUACGCUCGACCAGCAAUCAUUCUACCGUCCUUCCCAAACCUCCAGCAGCAUCAUCUGGUUUCUUCCACCAAAUAUCAAGCAUUUCCAGAUUCUGUACGCUUUCUUCAACAUGGGAGAUAACCUCACGUCCUUAGCUCAUAGCGUCAAGCAUGGGUCAUUCCCCAGUUUACACACAGUGACGCUCUCCGUCUUCCACCGGGUGGGCUACGACAGGACGCAUACAUGGGACUGGAUUGAAGAGUCCCGCGCUGAUUUUGAGAACGUUAGAGUUCAAUUCAUUCAUGAAGUACGACGGGGCUGGCAUGAAAGCGACGAAAGCCUUAAGGGCAGUGGCAGAGACACGAGAGGGUGCGAGCCCCUGACUAUCAUCCCAGGGGCAACUGCAGGGUCUAGAUACGUGGCUUGCGAAUGGUCUGAGUCAUGGAAGUGGUGCGAACAUGCGGAGUGGGCUGAACCCACAGGCUGGCCGAUUGAUGCGGAACAUUAUGAUUGCGAAUUCCAUCUUCUCCAGACAGGGGAGUCUUGGUCCGUCUGUGACUGUUGUGACGACAUCGCGGUGGUGGACGACUCUGAAUGA